GUGGCUUCCUUCCACACUCGUGCCGCUGCCGCUGGACUCGUCUCGCCUCUCCUCUCCUUCCUUUCCCCACCCCACCUCAUCUCCCUCCAAACAGCUCACGUACUCGCCAAGAAACAGAGCAAGGCCAGCACGAGGCCGGCUCGACGAGAUCAACCCCCAGGAUCAGAGAUGAUGGAUUCCUCAGAGCAGAAGGUGAUCGGGAUCGCGCCGGCGCCGGCGGUGGCGGAGGCAGGUAGGCCGUGCUGCGUCGAGUGCCGCACUACCGCGACGCCCAUGUGGCGCGGCGGGCCGACGGGGCCCAGGUCGCUCUGCAAUGCGUGCGGGAUCCGGUACAGGAAGAAGAGGAGGCAAGAGCUAGGUCUUGACAACAACCAGAAGCCACAACAAAACCACCAGCAGCCGCCGCCACAGCAACAGCCACAGCAGCAACAACAUCAAGAUCACAGUCAGGCGCCAAAUGCAGUCAAAGAUAACAAAAGUAGCGGCCUGCAAGUGGUGAAGAAACGGAGGGUCCUGAUGGGAGUGGAGGAGGCUGCAAUCCUGCUCAUGGCCUUGUCCUCCUCAUCCAGGUCCACUCUGCUACAUGGCUAGGAUCUCAACACCACCCAAAAGGCAGCUUCUGCUCAGUGUGUACAUACAAACCUGAUACAGGACGCAGAACACAACACAGGCCACCCAAUGGUUUCCAAGCCAACCAUGAAACUUUAUCGGAUUAUGGGAAGGCCUCUUUCAGGAUGAAGCUGACGUUGAAAGGGCUGGAUUCGUUUUUUGGAUUCAUCCACCUCUUGUGCAGUAAUAGAUCUCUGAUCUCGUUGUGUAGUGUCGUGUUCGAAUCCGAAAGCGAAGGUGACUUGGGGAAGACAGGUUUGUCCUGCAUGGUAAGAUGGUGGUCCUUGCCUGUGUUAUUGAUAGGCUCCCUAAUUGUGAUUAGCAAAGAGGCCCUUUUACCUCAUUCUGAUGUCUCUUCCUUUUCUUUUCUUGCCAUCCACAUUGUAUGCGUUUUAUUUAUCCACCUUGAUUAAUUCCUAUGUAUGUUCUUUGUUACCCCUUGAUUGAGGAUGGGUGAUCAAAAGCAGGCAUCGCCCCUCUCCAUGUGUAAUAAAAGGUCGAGUGAAUAAAAGUGAUCUAUUUAUUUUAUUUCA